CUUUGCUCUUUGCCCUGUCACGCUACAAACAGCGAGCCAAGCAGCUACAGGAUAUGCCCAGAUUGCCGUCGCCCUAUAACAAACAGUCGUCGGGAGUUGGCGGUGCUGGCGGUGGUCCUGGGGGUAGCACAAGCAUACCCUUGCCCGCGACCGUUGCCGCCACCAGGAGAUGCCCUCCGGACAAAGUCAGACCGGCUCCGGCACCAACACAUCAAUCACAACUCGGUGGUCUAAAACACGGGAAUGGUGGCGUGGGUAGCGCGAGCAGUUCUAGAAGCACUAGUCCGAGUCAACAACAACCAUCUCAGGGUGGUCUUUCAUUCAUUCCGCAACCUAGAAGUCAGAAUCCGAAUCGACAACCCACAGCCACUACGCCAAGUCCUCGAGCAUCCACAGUAGGCCGACCCAAUGGAGGUUUGAGGACCCAACAACAAGCCUUACCGUAUUCUGGAAAUACUGUCCCAGCACCUCAGCCAAAUAAGAAUUCAGUACUGGAUAAAUUUAAACUUUUCAAUAAUAAAGAUAAAAAUCAAGAACGAGGAAAGACUUCAUCGGGAGUUUCAAAACGUACUUCCAGUUCUUCCGGAUUUUCUUCAGCUCGAUCUGAACAUUCAGACAGUUCAACUUCCUUGUGCGAUCAAAGUAAGACCCAAGUUCAGGAAUCGCCAAAAAGUCGUGCGUUGAAAUCAAAACUGCAAUCAGCUAAACCAGCAAAGCAGGCCAGUCCAAAAACAGGCAGAAAGGAGCAAAGCAAGGCUCAGAGUAAGAUUGCGCGCACGAGCAAAGGUCCGCCAAGCUCCUCGGAGAAACUAACAACACUCUAUAAUAAUCCAGUUGUAGAGCAAGAUGUUAAAAUUGCUAGUAAAGCUAUCAGCACCAAAUUAUCAAGUGAUAGGAAAACAUCGACUCUUCAGGAACUGGUAAAGCAACCGGUAGUGCAACCUCCUAAACCAAAUCCUUCCGUCCUAACGCCACCUAGACAAAUUAAUCUUCAAGAUACCAAAAACGUGAACUUGAGGAACGAACUUACGACAACGAAACUUUCACCCCGACCCAAAAUGGAGCUUCCAGGCAAGAUAUCGGAUCCAAAAAUUUAUUUACAAAGUGUGAAACCACCGCCGAAUGGUCUGAACAAAGAUUUUAUGAUGCAGAAAGCUAUUCUGGCAAAUACCAACGGUAUUAUUAAACCAUCCGAAACAGGGGAGACUCUUGUUCAUGAGAACGAUACUUUUAAUCGUACUCUAAGCAUGAAUCAGGCAAACCUAUCAGACGGUAAGGAUCUUACGGCAAAACAAAAAGAACCAGAAAUGUUAGAAGUUAAUCCCGAACAGCAAUCGGAGAUGGAAAGUUUUGAUUCAUCGAAGACUCGAGUAUCAAGUCAAGAGAAGGUUAUUUGUGAGGAAGAAAUAGAAUCUAUCGAAAUUUCCAAUAACGAUAAACAAGAUUCUAUGACAAUUAAUUGUGUUAACUCAGUAGCUGAUGAAAAGUUAACUAAUACUGAAGACAGACUAACGAGUAUAUCCACACAAAGCAAUCUGAACUUUGGAUCUAGUAAACCGUUAACAAGUUCGAAUAGUCCUCUUCAUGGUCCGAACCCAGCCGGACUUAGUCCGGGUUCCAGCAUCCCGAAACCUACUGCUCUUGUGAAAGGUACAUCGAAACCAUCGAAAGACAAUGGCACGCUCAGCGGAAUGCCAACGCCGACAAAACCGAAGAGCGGCGAUACUCUUCAUCGCAAACUCGAUCCUAAUACAGUAGCGAUGGUGUCACCGAUGCCGAGUAUUUCGGAUCUUAUGUCCGACAGUUCACAUAGCAAUUCUAACAGCACCGGGCAGAGUAAUUCGAGCGAUAGUAGUGUGAUUUAUAGGCCAAGCAGUGAGAGCGGUAGCGAAAUUAAGACGAUCCCUAACCGGAAGAUCGACACUACAUUUGAACAAAUGGAAAAGGUGCUUUCGGAAAAUUCGACGUGCGGUGGUGCUCUAGCAGAUGAUGAAGCCGAGAUGACUGUAAAACCUAUGCAACCUCUUCUGCGCGGGUACACGCCUGGGGCCCGAGGCUUACAAACUCUACCGAGCCGUACUACGGCACGACAAUACACCGUUCUGCAUUCAUCGUCGCAUCAUCAUGUUGGUGGUCACCACGAUUACGCCGACGUUGACGUCGCUUCUGGUUAUCUGAGCGACGGUGAAGUGCUGCGCGGAGGUGGCAUGAGUGUUGGUAGUAGAACCCUUUCGGAUCUAUGCGACGGAUACAUGUCUGAGGGCGGCGCAUCCCUAUACGCUCGCAGGAUUAAUCCUUCUUAUGGAAGGAUUGAUCACGAACAUGACAGGUACGUAGGUGGCUCACGGCGAGAGCUGUCGGGGGUGAAGGAACUGGUGACCUCGAGGCGGGUGCAGAAGAAUCGGCCGUCGGGGAUCGCGAGAUCGGAUGGCGGUUGCAUCGGAGGCGUCAGUCCGGGAAGCGGUGGUGGUGGCGGCGGCGUCGGCAUCGGCGGCGUCGUCGGUAGCGGUCUUCUAGGCGGCUGCAGCGGCGGGAACGACGCCUUGGCAGAGCUCACAAUCGAGGAGCUGGCUUCCAUUCCCGCCGGAAAUCACACCUCCGCCAAUCACACGGGACAUCCCUCUCAUCACAAGAGAGUGCCGGGCGGAGGGGGUGUGAUUGUGGGGGGUGGCGGAGGAUCAGCCACCCCCCAAGGGGCGCAGCAGAGUCACAAUCUGGUGUACCGCGUGGUGGGUUCACGUGGACAUCCUGGUCAUCAUCCGCAUGUGAAAAAGUCCGACAGCUCUCAGCAGACCGAGAGCUCGGCUUUUAAGCAUCAGCAGCACCAGCAACAGCAGCAACAGCAGCAAAGCUCAAACGGCUCUAGCAGCAGUAUCAGUUCCAACAGUCAACAAUGGAAGAAGUACAUCGAAGCUGGUGCCGCAAGAGAGAGAGACAAGGAGGGCGCACCACCCAGCCCUAGUCCUUCUAGAAGGUCGCAGGAUAAACAUCGGAAACAAACUAUGGCUGAAUAUGCGAAUGGUGAAAAACCUCAAAAGGUUUCGUCGGGCACAUCAACCAGCAACAGUAGCAAAGUUCGUGGAGUACCACAAAGCUUUGGCUACGUUAAGAGGCACAGUGCGGGCACUAGUUCGAGUCCCAAUGGUAUCCAAAAUGGCAGCAAAGACGCUACCAGAACGGCUCAAGUUAGCGCCGUGCCAAGGACUAAGGUCAAGGUGUCCGGUGGCACACAAACGUGCACCACGGAAUUGCAAGCGAAUUCCUCGGGAUCAAAUCAGGGUCAUCACUACAAGAGCUAUAGUCUCACCGGUCCUAGCGCUAGUCAACUUUCACAAUCAGUUCGAGAUCGUCUCAUGCUGGGCUCACAAAGUCUGCCAAAACCCGGUAGUCCAGAAUUCACCGCUCUUUUUGCGUCUGCCCAUCAUCGCGAGAGAGGAGCUGGCGUUGGACCAACGAGCGCGUCAUUUUCGCCCCGGGUAUUAAAACCAUCUGAUGGUAGUCUCAGCGAUACAUGCAGUAAUUACGCCGCACCUGAUCUUCAGGGUUACUAUGGCACACCCAAUAGUCCCUAUACUACUUCAUGGAUGAGACACAGCAAUACUUAUACGCCCAGCGGAAGAUCUCAAGGAAUGGGUUUGUGCGAAGCAGAUAGCGUGGAAUCAUUGGGCUCGCAUCGUGCGAGCUUGACACAUGCCCGUCUCCUAAUGCAUCAGAGAGAUUCUACAGGAUCCCCGGCGCCACCCAGAUUGAAUAGAAGCAACUCUAUCAGGUCCACUAAGAGCGAGAAGAUGUACCCGUCAAUGUUGGCACGCGGAAGCGGUGCCUCAUCGUCGGUGGGUGAGGAGGUCGGGAUAGGUAUAGGAGUUGGAGUCGAGCCAUAUUACAGCGUUCCUGUGGGAUCGGCGGGAUGCACCGGCCAACAUUGGUCCCAGCCAACGUCGCCGACGCCCACGCACACCUCACGGCAGCCGCCUAACUUAUAUCAGCACGUACAUAAGGAUGACGACAUUCAUGGUUCUUCGGUAUCCUUGGUGUCCACCACGAGCAGUCUUUAUAGUUCGGCUGAGGAGAAGCAAGCGCAUGAAUUGAGAAAAUUGCGUCGUGAAUUACUGGACGCACAGGAGAAGGUGCAUUCGUUAACCAGUCAACUUUCUACAAAUGCACAUGUGGUCUCAGCUUUUGAGCAAUCACUGUCCAAUAUGACUCAGAGAUUGCAGCAACUCACAGCUACAGCCGAAAAAAAGGAUUCUGAGCUUCAGGAACUGCGAGAAACGAUCGAGAGACUGCGCAAGCAGAGUGCCGAAGCUGGAUUGAACAACGGUCCAACUGCGAACAGUGGUCGACGUCAUACUUUAGGUGACUCUGAAUCCGGUACCACCGGCUGCACCGGCAAUAGUAGUAGUAGCAAUAAUCAUCAGGGUGCAUCAAUGGCAAGACAACUAUCCGCCGAUAGCGUGACGUCUCUGAAUUCGUUAAGCAGCGCCUGCUCGGCCAGCAGCAAUCAUCACAAAAAGAAGGGCUGGCUACGCAGCUCCUUCUCCAAGGCUUUCUCGAGGUCGCGCAAAAACCGGCAUGGUUCGGUUUCUGACGCGGAGGACUGCAAGGAGAGCCCUGGCGGUGAUCUGAGCGCUCCCAACAGUCCUAGACUGCCAACCGCAUCCAAACAUGAGUCUUCGAGAGCACAAACCGUGAGAAGCAACGGUCAGAAAUCUCCCGAUCAUGAGAAUCCUUUGUCUGGAAGCAAGAGCAGCUCGGCAUUGUACAAGAAAGAGGAUGAAGAUGUGGAUGAAUUGAAGAAACAAUUGAGGGAGAAGGAUUUAGUGCUUACAGAUAUCAGAUUGGAAGCAUUAUCUUCGGCUCAUCAGCUGGAGUCUUUAAAAGACACGGUCAUCAAGAUGAGGUACGAGAUGUUAAACUUGAAGCAGAACAAUGAGCGACUCCAACGACUAGUGACCUCAAAGUCGCUCACUUCUUCGCAGUCCUCUCUACCCAGUGACCCAGAUCGACGUUUCAGCAUGACUGAGGUGGCAUCGAGUGUCGCAGCAUUGUCGAACGGCGACGUCAGUUCCACGGCCGAUCAACUGGAAGAUCUUAACGUCCCGGUGGAACACUCCGUCGUGUCAUCGAGCGCAACAACUGCAGAACCAGUUCUUGAGCAAGACACUGAUGGCAAGAGAAUCAAUGUGGCCGUUUAUCUCGGCAGUGAGCGAAAUUUUAACUAUAAUUUGAUUACCGGAAGCUGCGCCGACGGCACCAUAGGCGAACCACCACAUUGCGUAAUUGCCAAUGUGUGCAUCAGCAAUAAAACCAGCUGGGACGCGCUGGAUUCUAUGGUGAGACGUUGUUUCAAGGAGUACGUUUCUCGAGUGGAUCCUGUGACGAAUCUAGGUCUUGGCGUCGAAUGUGUCGCCGCGUAUCAUCUCGGCGAAGCUUCCAGAUGCACUACCGAUUCUCAGCAUCCUGAGUUAUUACCCUGCGGCUAUCUAGUCGGCCACGUGAAAACUAUUUAUUUAGUGCUGUCAGGCUAUUCCUGGCUGGCAGUGGAUACCUUGAUACCGCGUUCUAUCGUUCAGCGACUGAUCUCUCUUUUGACGGAACAUCGUAGAGUGAUUUUGUGCGGUCCAAGUGGUACAGGGAAGAGUUACUUAGCUGGAAAAUUGGCGCAUGCUCUAGUAGAUACUGACAAUGACACGAAGGAUGCUGCUGCUGUUGCGACUUUCAAUGUCGAUCAUAAGUCCAGCAAGGAAUUGCGCCAGUAUCUCGCGCACAUCGCUGAAAGAUGCGAUUCGAACGCCGCUGAUGAAUUACCUAGAGUGAUUAUUUUGGAAAAUCUUCAACACGCAGCAUCUCUGGGCGAACUCUUCAGCGGACUCUUAGGAACUAGACAUUCAUCAUGUCCUGCUAUCAUCGGUACCAUGAGUCAGACCACUUGCAGUACCACCAACUUGCAGUUGCAUCAUAAUUUCAGGUGGGUAUUAUGUGCAAAUCAUAUGGAGCCGGUCAAGGGAUUUCUAGGACGUUAUUUGAGAAGGAAAUUACUGGAGCACGAAUUACGCGAAUGCGCUGGGACAAGGAACGCGGAGAUGGCGGCAGUAGUCGAGUGGCUGCCGCGUGUAUGGCUGCAUCUUAACAAGUUCCUAGAAACCCAUAGCAGCUCUGACGUCACCAUCGGACCGCGGCUGUUUUUAUCAUGUCCAAUGGAAGUGGCUGGAUCUCAAGUGUGGUUUACCGAUCUGUGGAACUAUUCGGUAAUACCUUAUUUAGUGGAAGCAGUCAGGGAAGGAUUGACGCUAUACGGAAGGCGCGUAAGCGGGAACGGAAAUGGCGAAUCGACAUGGGAAGAUCCGGCGCAAUUCAUCACAUCGAGCUAUCCAUGGCUUUCGACGCAUGCCGUGCACGGCGGCAGCGAUGCUCUUCUACGUCUGAGACCUGAAGACGUGGGAUACGAUGUCGUCUCUAGCGGGCACACUUCCGGUGUAGGCGCCUCCAGCGUGAAGAGCCUUGGAAGUACUCAUAGUGAUACCGAAGGAGAUCCUCUGCUUAACAUGCUAAUGAGACUUCAAGAAGCAGCUAAUUACUCAAGUCCACAUAGUAAUGACAGCGAUUCGGUGACGUCUCUUGAUUCAUCACAUACUCGUCAUUCAGAGGAUUUGAGCAGUUCGACAUCUUCGUCAAGAGGAGUAGAAUCGGCACUCUAAAUUAGCAAGAUAUAAACAAAAUUUAUCGC